AUGAUUGGAUUUUCAGGCCAAUACCACAACCCCGAGCCCAGGACGGCAGCUGAUGCACCGGACGUGGCGAUUGUUGCCCGAAGCAUGUUCGAAGUUGGAGGCCGUCUGUGCAGUCUUUAUUGCCCAGUCACGUCCGAUCCGCUCCAAAACAGAGGUCUCCACGCAUUUUACACAGCCCGGCAGCCGGAAAGCGACAGCGAACUUUUCGUCGGUAAGAUUGUGAUCGACCUCAGCAUCAGUGCUCGGCCGCUUGGAUAUGAUGCCCUGAGCGUACCCUUACAAGCGUCAUUUCCAGUUGCACCGGAGCAGCUGAAAAUGUUCUACAAACGGGACACGGUCACGAAUGCUCCGAGUCUAGAACUCUACCAUCCUCUCGCGGAUGAUGCAUCGCGAUUCAAAUGCGCUGUCUGGGACCUCAAGCAAAAUGAAUGCAAAUUUCAAAAGGAGGUGGCAGCCUUUGAGUGGAUAGAAGAGGGUGGAAGAAUCUGGUCGUUGAAAUGGCAGGAGACCUACUAUAUGGUGAAAAAGAGAAUGGUUGAUUGGAUGAUCGCAAGGCCGAACAUGGAUGAUUAUGUCCCGCCGCACUACCUCCAUCGGAAAAAUGGAGAAUUCGGAUGGCUGAUGCCCAAGAAAUCGAACGGGAAUCCGAAUUUCUUCCCGGACAAGUGCCUAACAAAAAUGGCCAAAGAAGCCAAAUUCGAGAAGUGGACACCGCUCCUAAAACAUCAUGCCCUGCUCUACAACGAUCACCAGUUCCAGAUUGUGCGCGCGCCUGCACACAUUACCGAAGGAAACAUGCCGACAAUGAUUCAAAAGCGAGCUCCUGCAACAACCUUUUUCCCGCCGACUCUGAUGCCAAGGACGGCGAUCCACGCCUUCCGAAGUGAUGACCAGGAUUUUGUGAUAGCAGCUAUCGGCCACCUCGUCGAGGUGGUCCCAGUUGACGGCGAGCAGAACUUCAUGCCGGAAAAGCCGGACGCCCAGCACUUGUUUCCGGUUUUUGAACAGGGCGAGAGGAUUGUGCAGAUCCAAGUCGUUCAGCCGGCGAAAAAAUCUGGGCGGAAAGAUAAAACCGUCGUCCUGCACACCGACUCCCUGAAAUAUGCGUAUUUGGAGCUCGACUUGCUGCUGCAGUGGAUCGAUGGCUGCGUGGAAAGGCCGCCCCAUAAGUGGAAGACCGUCGUCGACAUGACAAAAAUCAAAGGGGCUGAGCGACUUCCAGCCGAUAAUAUUGCACAGAAUGUCGUAUGGACCCACAACAAGGGGAAAAUCACGUUGGAAGGGCCAGUGAGACUCGAGAUUUUGAACCCGUUUACGAAAAACGGAGAAUCAAUGGUGUUGGAUGGCCAUAUGGGCUAUGGCCUCUACACG